GCACACAGACAAACCGCGGUCUUAACCCUGGCGUCGAUUAAUGUCGGUGAGCUUUAGGAGCAGAAUUGUCCAGGUUACUAAUGUGUCGCCGUCUGCGACAUCAGAGCAGUUGCGAACCUUAUUUGGUCAUGUGGGAGUUUUGGAAGAGGUCGUGGUUUAUCCACCAGAUGAUAAGGAAGAACCUGCUAGCAAGGUGUGCUAUAUCCGUUAUCAAGAGGCUAUAAACGCUGAAGUCGCACUACAUUUAAACAAUACUGUCUUCCUCGACAGGGCGCUGAUAGUACUCCCACUCUCAGGUGAACGGGAAUCUAUUCCAGAUGAGAAGUAUGCCAACCUUGUCAGAGCCCCUCCAAACACUGCCGCGGGUGUUCUCCCUCGGACCGCUGACUGGCCUCUAGAUGUUAUUAGCAUGGUGGUUGGUCGUCCGGGCGAGCAAGUGAUACAUACCUUAGAGCCUCGCUUAUCCAGUUUGGCAUUCCCUCUCUAUCCGCCUCUCCCAGCAACCACUGAUGGUAGCCGUAUUGAAGAAAUAAGAAGGACAAUUUUGGUUACAAAUCUCGACCCGAAAACAACCGGUGAUCAGGUAUGUUUGCCAUGAAGUGUGUCGAAACAGCUGUUUGCGGCGUCUUAUCGCGUCAGCAUACAUCAGCAAUCAGUCUAGUAUUUUCCGGAACACUGUAGUGUUGAAUCCACGUAGUACUGUAGUGUUUGCGAGAGAUACAAUUAUUGUCUUGACUAAAGAGUAUUGAAGCACUCCAAGGUGCAUAAUUCCCUACUGGAAUUACCUCUUUUGAUUGGCUUAUUCUAGUCUAUCUAUGCGUCCUAAAUUAUUGUCUACGGAUAUUUUGUAUAUGCUUCGAAUAAAUUAUCUGCAAAUAACAAUAGUACCUAACGAUUCCUCUGUGCUUUUUGUGUAUCGUGUUUUCCAGCGCUACUGGUCAUCGGCAGUGUGCCAUCGCAACAGCACCACCUAAUUGCUGCGUAAAUAAUGCUCUUGACUGCGGUUCCAAAGGGGUCGGUGGCUUUUCUGUACAUUUUUGUCUUUUCUUUUUUGUUUUUGCUGAUUAGUUACCACUGCAUGAGGCUUAAUUACGCCUCGUCUCCUGCUAAGGCGACCGAUUUGGUUUAUGUCGAUUUUAAUAGAAUAUGUCUGUGCAGCGUUUGGUUCUGCGAAUUCAAGGAGUUCGAGUCCUACUUAAGGUAUUAGAAUUCUUCAACAAACAUGCUGAAGUACGUUGCGUACGAAUGGCUGGGACGGAGUUUGAUCGAGCUGCUUAUGUGGAGUUUACUCAACAGCCAUCAAUUAUCAAGGCUUUUGGCCUUAUGGGAGCUACACUAAAUGGUCGUCAGAUCAUGGUACAACAUUCCAAUUGUGCUAUUAUUAAACCUGCCAACAAUGUAGCUAUGCUUGAUGAUACAGCUAAGCGUCUAGCUCCGAAUGAACCGGUUCCAAGUGUCGCCCAUGGCAGCAAACACAGUGAUCGAGCCCGCUCGCGCUCACGAUCUCGAGGUCGGCGUUCACGAUCUAGACGCAGGUCAACUUCAAGAAGAUAUCGAAGUCGUUCCAGAGAUGGAAAGCGUUCUCAUUCUCGCCACAGUCGGGAUAGGAGGCGGUCCAGAACACGCUCUCGUUCUAGGUCUCAUGGACACCGUCGCCAUACUCGUUCGCGCAGCAAAGGUCGUCGUAGAAGCGACCGUGGAAGAUCAAGAUCUCGUGACCACAGGAAGUACCGUCAUUCACGUUCGCGCUCUGGUCGUCGAUACUCACGGAGUCGGUCUAAAGGUCAUCGGAGCGAUCACCGUGAUCGGUUAAACAGAAGUAUUCGGGAAAGAGACCGGACCCGAGAUCAUGAGCGAGAUCGAGAAAAGAUUAGAGAAAGGGAUCGGGACAAAGAACGUGAACGCAUUCGUGAACCUGACCGCAGAGAGCGAGAUCGUGACAAGGGCCGUCACUACGAUAAAGAAGCUGAUCGCCGACGUGAAAGCAAGGCAAGAAAACACCGUGAUGUUUCGCCGAAACAAGGUAAUAGCAAUGACAUUGUUAGGCAGGACAAAAGAGAACGUAACACCGAUGCGAAUGAACUGAAUCGCCGUCUAAGCUUGACUCCUAAGGACGAGGUUUCAUCUACCCAAGUGAAACGUAAAAAUAGCAGCUGUAGCAAUAGUGACGGUGAAAGUGCAAAAGUGUGCUCUGCUGGUGUAAUGGAGAACGGCAAGACCCCAAGUGAUGAUGAGAGUCAGUCUGGCGUUGAACAACAAAUCAAACCGACAGUUGUAGGCGUUAAGUUAGCUGGUCCUGAAGAUAUGGACCAUCUCUCCCCUAAUGACUCACCUCCAAAAGUACCAAUUACACAAGUUUCAUCUGAUAGUGACUCAUCUGGUGAAGCCAUGGACACAGAAGCGUAGUUCGCUGCAUCCGAAUAUUGUACCGAAUAUUUUAUUCUCAUUGUAUCAUAUUUUACCUUCAGUUUUUUGCUUUUGAUGUCACACAAAAUUAUUGGAUUCAGACCUAAUGUACCUCUAGUUUUAUUUCUUGGCGUUUGUUUCUCAUAAAUUUACUGAAAAUAUAGGUAACAGGUUAUUCAG